CCACAGCAGCCACCACACCAUAAAACUUCGCAUUUGCCAUCUGCCAGUGCUCGGGACAUGUUGUCAGUUUUGAUUUUGUUUUGGUUUCGUCGCGAUUAUCGAUUGUUGUUUUUUCCCUCUGGUGCAGAACGACUUCAACUGUCUAUAGCAAUCGAAAGCAUAACACAUCCUUGACCGAACAAAACACACGCCAGACUUCUCGGUGUCAAUCUCAUGGAAACAACGGAAAUCAGUGACCUUCCGGAAGAGCUGCUGCCGUGCAUAUUCGAACACCUUCCGCUGCAGGACCUGAAAAAUGCUGCACUGGUGUGCAGUUCGUGGGCCCAGGCAGCGGCCAGUGGGAGAUUUCUCAGCAGGAUAAUGCUGAGGGUGGAUUUCAGGGACGGUGUCCAUCAACAGUACCGGCAGUACUUGGUGAAAAGUACCCGAGCGUAUAGGAAUGUCGGGUUCUACUACCGGAGUGACCAGCUGGAUUUGGACUUGUUGCUGACGGUGCUGAAAAAGUUUGAGGAAUCGAUACUGUGCCUGAAAAUUUGCCCUAAUUAUUUCAUAAUGGUGCACGACUUAAGGCAGAUGUUGGUGCAGGUCCCAAACCUGGAGAGUUUGUACAUCGUUUCCCGAAUAUGUACGGAGCUGGGUAACCGAGAGCCCGUGGAACCCUUUCCGGUGUUGCGCAAGCUGAAACAUCUCUACCUGGAAAACGAUGCCGGACUCCAGCUGGACGAGAUCGACUUCCGGCGCAUGUCUCCGAACAUCACCAGUUUGGACAUGGAUUGUGACUCGGAGCGAGCCCAUUCCGUGUACAGACACUUCAGUUCUCAGCUCCGUGAGCUGGCCGUAUUCUUCAAGCGGGAUGACUUUUUCCUACCGUUUUGCGAGCUGCGAUUUCCGCAGUUGGAAAUUCUGGACUUUUACUGCGACGAUCAACAGUUUGACGAGCCCAGGGCGGUUCUCGCUGUCUGUAAAUUCUUUAGACAAAUGCCGAAACUUCGGAGGUUGACCCUUCGAUGUAACGUGUGCGAAGAGGUUAUGGCGGCCAUCACCGAAAAUUGUCCCGAAAUGACGACUUUGUACUUGAAGGGAGACAACCUGGGGCCGAACGCUUUCCGACAUUUGGGACAGUUGAAGAAAUUGAAGGGAUUGAAGGUCGAAGGAUGGAUUCGGUGCAAUAUUUUACAAGGAUGUGGCCCAAUUCCUUCUCUUCAAAUGUUGUACCUGCACUCGGUACUGAUCGACGACACCCAGGGAUUUUUCCGCUUGCUGAAGGACAUCGCGCCGAAUCUGCAGAUAUUGGAAGCCAUCGAAUCGGAUAUCGAUGAUGAAUGUUUAAAAUAUAUCAGCUGUAACAUUAACUCGUUACGGUGCUUGGUGCUAGAAUUUUGCCCAAAUCUCACCGAGGACGCAUUCAGCUUCCUGGAUCGGCUGACUCGCCUCUACGAACUGAAGCUGGGCUACCUGGACGUGCCGCAAAACCUGUUCGAGCUGAUCCCGGCCAACACAAUCCGGCGGUUUUCGCUGUAUCGCUGUGACAAACUGGACGACACCAUUCUGCCGAUGGUGGCGGAAAAGUUUCCCAAUCUGGCCCAUAUGGAAAUCGCCAGCUGCCACCGGAUCUCGCUCGACGGCGUGGAGCUGCUGCGGCAGCUGAUGCCGGACACGGAAAUCGAGAGUUUUAUGCUUUUCUAGCUAAACGGGAAAACUACCGGUUACUAUACGGUGUACUUCGAGCGUAUGCAGAACCAAUCGGAGCGGCAUCUUGAUGAGGUGUGACAACUGGUGGUUGAUGAGUUCGUUGGAAUUGUAUGAAUGUUAGUUUUAAGGGAUCGUUUCUACUAGAGUUUUGUGUUCAAUUUUAUUGUGGAUCUUUAUUUAUAAAGUAGGUACAUAAAAUAAUAUGUUGUUUUUUUCGAAUCACAUUAAGAUAAACAUAUUCGUAAGUAGGCUAAUUUAAUUUAUUCAAUGUAAGUUUAAAGCCUGAUACUGUCGAAAUAGAGACAACGAAUAAAUUUAA